AUAAUAUCAAGUGCUCGUCGUAAAAUGCUUUCUUCUUUAUACGAGAGCUUAUCAUGUCCUUUCAAGGCCAUCCAUUUGCAGCACAACUCAUAUGUUUAUAUUAGAACGUAUCGGUUUUCGAGGAUAACAAUUAUGAAUGAAUCAAAUGAAUCGAUAAAACUGGAGGGAUCAAUGUAUACCAGUGUUAUGACAACAACUACAUUGUUUGUGACUUUAUUUUGGACAACAAUCACUCUAUUAUCAUGGUUAUUAAGAAAUCUAUUACUUUGGCUAUUCAACUCUGUCAAUUUUACUCAAACGACUACGGAAUCCACAAAGAGUUUGAUUAACUCAAAGCUGCUUGCUAAAUUUCCAUUCGUAAAUAUCAAAAAUCUAAUAUAUGACCAUCGUUAUUUAAAGCCAAAUUUAUUGUUAGCCUUGUUAGAUGCUGUGGCUACAAUUGAACUUUGUGCAUGCAGUUUAGAAUGUUGGAUUGUUCAUGAAGUUUUCGGUUAUUGGGGUUUUCUGGUUGCUAUCGCUUUAAAUUGUAUUCGUUCAAGUCUAUUUGUUUCACUGGAUGCUUACGGAAAUCCUUGUAAUCCAUGGUACAGAUUCCUACUUGGUCAAACACAACCGAUAUGGUUGAUUUUCACAUGGACAUUACAACUUUUAUCUGCGUCGAUAGCUCUUAAAUUAUGUAUAUACUGGUGGUCAUUACAAUUGACUCUCUAUCAUUCAGCACGUUAUGAAUUAUCAUUAAAAAUGUUAAAUCCUGAAGAUCUACUCAAUUACACUUCAGAUUUACAAGUUGCAGUCAAUAUUGGAUUCUUAUGUGAAGCUCUGGCAACUUUUAUAGACUUAUACAUGGAUAGUCUAUUUUCGUGUAUAUUAGAAAGUUGUAAUUCACAAUACCUUAACCAUGCUUCACAAAUAGUAUCUUCUACAAAUUUAGUUCAAUCGAAAGUGUCUAAAGCCUCGAGUCCUUGUGAUUUAACACGGAAACAAUAUCUUACUUCUUAUAUUGUAAGAUUAUUGAUUAUUCUUACAUUGGUAGCUUAUGGUCUUGAAUGGACAGGAAUGUAUUUAAAUCCAGCUAAUGCAUUUAUUCAAUCAUGGGGUAUUGGUAAUAUUACACCAAUAAAUCAUAUUAUUGUAUAUUGGUUUGGACCAAUGUUUGGUGUUUGGUUAUAUACUAUCAUCGAAAAAUGGUCUUCCACAUUUAUAUCUAAAAUUAUUAUGACACAGUAACUAUGGUAACAUGAAUCUACUAAAAAAGAAAGGGAACUGUCUUUCAAUAAAAGAAACUUUCAAAAUGGUUGUCAAUUGACCACAUCAGAUUCAUAUGACCAUUGUUUACGACAAACUCUUUUGUAUAUUCAAAUUUCAUUUAUUUUCAUAGAUUAACAUACAUUUUUUUUACUUCCUUAGUUUA